AUGGACACUGCCCCGAGCAUCCCCCUUACAAGCCCGCUCCAGACUCCCACAUCCAUUCCUGUACACCAAUUCGAUCCUGACGAUAUAACUCGCGAAGCUCACAACUACACCAGUGUGGCGCGCCGAUUGCCAGAUGCAGAGUUACCACAGCCCAACACCUCGCAGGACACCCUCCGCAUCGGCAAUGAAAGGGACGACAACGUCGUCGAGGUUCCAAGCUUCCACGACUACGAUCGCCUCCACUACGAAAAGACCAAUGAAACUGGUCUACGUGUCCUCGGGCUCGCUGUAGCUAGAAGGGAGUCGCGUGAAAAGUUCAUCCUCCUCGUCGCCUACGUCGACGAUCUUCUCUACACCGGCAAUGACGCGGAGCUACUUGAUCAGUUCGAAGCCGAUAUCAAGGAGAAGCUCGAAGUGACAAUCAAUCACAACGUUACGCAGUUUUUGGGUCUCAACAUCACUCAGUCCGGCUCCUCCAUCCAUCUCUCCGCCGUUAAAUACAUCGAAACUCUCGCAAAGAAGUUCGCCGUCGCACCAAUCAACCUCAUCACUCCUUACAGCACUCCUCCUCCUAAUCAUGAACCGGAUACCACGCCUCUCUCCAUCGACGAUCAUCGGCUCUAUCAACAGCAGCUGGGGUGCCUCUUGUUCGCCGCCGUCACAUGUCGACCCGAUCUCUCCUACGUCGCAAGCCAGCUCGCACAGUACCUGAAGCGACCUGAAGGGGAGAAUCUACUGAUUUUAUGCCGAGCACUUCAGUACUUCGUCUCUACCCCUGACGUCAAACUUACCUACAAAGCCAAUCUCACUGCUACUCUACAACUCCAUGGCUACAUAGAUGCAGACCGCGCGAGAGAUGUUGACAACAGACGCUCCUGCACAGGAUUUAUUUUUUAG